ACAUAUAUAUACACUCAGGCGCGGCUAACGAUCUUCUUAGUUACUGCGAGCCGUGCUGAGGAUUGCUUUGCACAGACCGCCACUCGCUAACAACACGGACGAACCGCAGGAGCGCCGCAGCGAGCGUGAGUCGAUAUGGCUUCCAAGCACGACAAUUUCAUGGACAAACUCAACUGCGUCUGCAGCAUCGACUCGGAACAGUUUGUCGAAUGCUGGAAACACUACGAUAUGGACGGUAAUGGCUUCAUCGAAGGCGAGGAGAUGGACAAGCUGUUCAGUGAUCUUAUACACAUGGCCGUGAAAGGACGG